AUAUUUCAUGUUAAAAAGUUGAAAACGACAUUCUGGAUGUUGUGGAGAGCUUUAUUUGCAAUGCACAUGUACUGACUACCCUGUAUUGGAUCCAGGGUAUCUCUGUAGAUCAAGAUUUUGUGCACACGAUUACGUCUCGUCUGGUGUCAUGCCGUGAGGACCACAUAGAUUACAGUGAGAAACACUAAAAUAUUUCCUUGCACAGAGCCAUAAGACACAAUUGAGGGUAUCCAGUAAUUUUAUAGUAUCAGCAAACACCACUGCAAAAUCAUGAUGUCCAUUACAAGUAUUAGAAAUUUAUCACAAAACUGUAAUCUUGAGUAUGAAGUGGAUUAAACUUCGUGUGUCAGUAAUCAUUCUGGGUCUCAUUAACAAGUAAAAUGCAGUCUUAUUCCCAGUGUACUUAUACGCAUUUACAUUUUCUGUACCUAUGUCUGUAAGACACUGUUUGAUACACAAAAUGUCCAAAUGACAUUUUUUGUUUUAAAGUGAGUGGUUAGUCUGCACAUACGGAGGUGGGCUGAGGAGAGACGAGAGAUUGUGGUAGCAACUUAAUAUUAUACAUAUGUUGGACAAUAGCAAACUUCCGCCAAAUAGUGAUGGUGGUUAGGGAACACAGACUUGUUACAGGCCUGGUUUCUAGUCGCUAAUCCGAUGCCUUUGGCACGUAGAGUCUUGAACUUUCUUUUAAAAGGAUGUUGCUGUUGCAUUCAUUCUAAGACUGACUGGAUCCGUUGUAGAACUAUAACAGCAUAUAUCUUUUAUCCACUUCAAGGUCUUAAAAUUUCGAAGUGUUGAGCAUGUUGAAGGUGGCUUCUAUUUUUAAGAUCACUCAUAUUGGACUGCCAGCACUUCAAAUGUGAAGUGCAGCAACCUGACUGACUCCUUAUUUUCCAGUUGCCUUAAAAGAGGGCAUUGUUGAUACAGAUAGUGUGUUGGGAGAAUAGAAAAGUCAUAUACAAAUGAAGACCAUUACACAAAGUUUCACACUGUGGACAGUAAGCUGCAGCUGUCUGCUGAAAACAGGCAGGGUAGUAUGUAAAGGGAUUGGGAAGCAUGUUCCUGUCUUCAUUUCAAAACUAGUGUUGGUUGACGAUGAACUGUAGGAAACUGGGAAGCUAGCCUUGAAAAUUCCUUUGUAUAAUUGAUUAAUGAUGCCAUCCUUCCAAGUAGUAGUGCAUGUCUGUUGACUGCUAGAAACAACUUCUUAUUUAUUGUUAAGUCUACAUCAGUGCUCCAUGGUAUGGUCUGUGGGAAAGGAGACACAGUGUACCAGUAAUAAUUGUGGGAAGGAUACAUAAUGUACCUAUAUUAAUUGUAUCUAUAUCUGUGCUCAACAAGUCAUGGUAUGGUCUGUGGGAAAGGAUAUGUAAUGUACCAGUAUAAUCUCCACUCGCCCUUUCCUAUUCCUUUCAUGUUUGGUAUGUGGGGAAUAAAGACUGUUGGCACGCUUCUGAUGAGCCUAAAUUUAUGUAAUAUUUAUGUUGUGGCCUCUAUGGAAGAUGUAUAUUACAGGAAGUAGCAUGUUUUUUUUGUCUUGCUUUAGAAUGUUGGUGUGAGAAAUUUUGUAAGGGUCUCCAUUAUUCAGAGUAACUGUCUUUUAGGAGGUUGUUGAGCAUCUCUGACACUCUUGUGCUUACUAAACAAACCCAUAAUGAGUUGAACAGCUGUUCUCAGAAACUUUUGUGGCUGUUCUGUUAAUCCGAUUGUGUGGCAGUCCCAGGCUGGUGAACUAUAUCGAAGAAUUUGGCGAAUGAGGCUUCUAGAAGCAACCACUUUUGAAUGUAAAUUACACUUAGGUAGGAUUUUCAGACAUGCUUAGAGAAAUGUCAUAAUUUCAGGACACUGCAUUGGAAGAGGGGGAGCAGAAGAUGGACUUCAUCACCAGUGGCCUCCCAAUCACCAGUGGCCUCCCAGGUCACCAGACCUCACUCCAUGAUGCAAGGCAUUACACCAGUGAAGUAGAAAAGUCGAAAAAAGCAACUAAAGUGAAAGGGCCAACAAUUUUUGACAAAAUUAUCAGAAGAGAAAUACCAGCCGACAUUAUUUAUGAAGAUGACUUGUGUUUGGCAUUUAAUGAUAUAAAUCCGCAAGCACCAGUACACUUUCUUGUUAUACCCAAAAAACAAAUACCAAUGCUUGGAGAUGCAGAGGAUAAUGAUAAGGAGCUUUUGGGUUACCUUCUGCUAAAAGCUCGCAAACUUGGAAAUGAACGAAUGAAAAAUGGAUACAGGAUUGUUAUCAAUAACGGGCCAGAUGGAUGCCAGUCUGUGUAUCAUCUCCACAUCCAUGUAGUUGGUGGGCGACAGCUUGGUUGGCCACCAGGUUAACUAUUGCAGUUUAUUGUGCACAUAUUUUUUGUUAUAACUGUUGCUCAAUUCUUUGGAACCUGUAAAUAAGAGAACAAUAAACAAGUUUACCAUGAAAGAAUAA